GAUGCAUCACCUGCGAGGGUCCGUCGAUGGCAUUACGAAGUGCUGUUGUUGUUGAAUGCUGACCACAGCAUCUCCCCCACAGAACUCGUACUUGGCCAAAUCAUCCCGGAGGCAGCCCUGAACGCGUAACAAAUGCGAUCUCUCUAGCUAGCUUCGCAAUGAGGCCCGCAACCACAACCACCAGGCGAGAACAACAGCCAUGACCCUCGGGAUGGCUGAUGGAGUUCCCCAAUCCCGCCGUUUCCGAUCUAUGGCGUACGAAGUAGCGUGUAUCGAACCGCGAGCACAGACGACAGACGACGUCUCCCGUCUCAGUUCGUCCGAGACUAGGAGCACGUUGUCUGGAAGCUUCUUUGGAAUCUCAGUUUUCUUAAAAGCUGUAGCACUCCGCCAAUCCUCCAACUAACCAUCACAAAAUUGCGUUUCCUUAAAUCACAAGCCCAGCAGUCUCUGUCACACAAAUACCUCAAAAAUGGCCACCAUCGAAGUCCCUAGAGAGUACGGCUACGUCGUCCUCACAGCCAUCUCCACCGUCUUCCUCGGCGUCUGGCACGGCCUCCGCGUCGGCACCUACCGCAAAGCCGCCUCGAUCCCCUACCCCUACGAGUACGCCUCGUACGAGCAAGUCUCCACCGCGCCCCCGGCCAAGCAGCACGCCAUGUACCUCUUCAACUGCGCCCAGCGCGCCCACCAGAACUACAACGAGAACCACCCGUCCGCGCUCGCCAUGAUCUUGAUCGCGGGGAUCAGGUACCCGCUGUCGACGACCGCGUUGGGGGUGAUCUGGGCGGUCAACAGGACGAUUUAUGCGGUGGGGUAUACGAACGCGGAAGAGCAAGGGGCACGCAAGGGCGGGAAGGGGCGGUAUCGUGGAGUCGGGUGGUAUGUGGGGCAUAUUGGGCUUGCGGGGUUGUGUAUCAAGACGGGAAUUGAUAUGGUGUUGUCAUGAGUAUGGGAGGGUUGUGGUAUAUGGGGUGGUUGGAAAGAGCUGUAGGUAUAGUGCUGUAAGGAACUCAUAUAUUGUUGCAUUUAUCUUCCAACUCGACUCUCCAUUAUUUUCUCUCAAAUGAAUACAUGCGCCGAAUCUUGGUACUAAAGAUGUCCAGAUCUGUGCCCUUAUAUGGCGCCAGGGCUUUAAUGUUGGUCGAGUUUCAUUGCCGCGUGGAAGGGCAUGUAAUUGAAAUGCACAUAAGGAUUAGAUGGCCAGCAGACCGUACUUCAAGCAUGGCCCCAAAAAUCUUAAAAGUAAUCCUAAGAGUGGUUCAAACCACUCUUUAGUGCCUCGCCAUAUAUAUCCGUA